AUGGAACAAGCCCAAAUAGGCGCCAGUGUCCGGCUUCCCUGGGAGAAGCCGAAUCCCCCAGCGCGUCGCCCAAGCUUUGCGCGGCGCUUGACGCUGGGCAGCCGAAAGCCUAGCAUAUCGGCCUCGAUUGAGCACCACCGUGUGCGGCUGCUGAACCGCCUGCCCCUCGAGGUCAAGAACCACAUCGUGGCCGUGCUGAGCGAGUUCGCAGGCACCUUCAUGUUCCUCUUGUUCGCCUUCGGCGGCACUAACGUUGUCAACUCGGCGCCCGCUGAGGGCCAGCCUGAGGAUCUGGCCGCAGACCCGGCCAAGUUGCUAUAUAUCAGUCUUUGCUUUGGCAUGAGCCUGGCUGUCAAUGCCUGGGUAUUCUUCCGCAUCAGCGGCGGCCUGUUCAAUCCGGCCGUCACUAUCGGAAUGAUGGUCGUUGGUGCUGUGCCGUACUUUCGUGGGGUGCUUAUUAUACUUGGUCAGUUCGCCGGAGGUAUUGCUGCCUCUGCUGUGGUUUUAGGUAUCCUCCCGGGAGAUCUCAAAGUCUCAACGACACUGGGCGGCGGUACGUCUAUUGUUCAGGGCCUUUUCAUCGAGAUCUUUCUUACUACUCAGCUCGUCUUGACCAUCUUCAUGUUGGCGGCCGAGAAGCAUCGGGCAACAUUCAUCGCUCCUGUCGGCAUUGGCCUCUCUCUAUUCAUCGCGCAGGGUGUCUACUACACGGGUGGCAGCCUCAAUCCCGCGCGCUCAUUGGGUCCUAGCGUUGUCACGGCGUCGUUUGUCGGCUACCAUUGGAUCUAUCACGUCGGUCCCAUUAUCGGAGCGCUUCUCGCAUCCGGGUUUUACGUAACCGUAAAGGCUCUCGAGUAUGAAACAGUCAACCCAGGAGACACGUACCUAACCGGAAAGUGGUAA